AUGCUGGCACAGGGAAGAAUUUUAGGAGUGUCUCAAGCUAAGACACAGACACAACAUGGGAGUGGCAACCUGUCUUAUGGCCUUCGUAAUACUCCUUCAGCUACUCUCAUGGUAGAAAGUGCAGAAUCUUAUGCUAAAGUUAUGAGGAAUGCUGGAAUCAAUGUUGAAAUUGAGGAACGUAAGAAAAAGAUUUUGGAGCACUCUAAUGUGUUAGCAAAAAGUAUCAAUGGACAAAUACUUUUUAAGGAGGGCUUACUUGAUGAGGUUGUAAAUCUUGUUGAGGCGCCUGUUCCAGUACUUGGGAAGUUUAAAGAGUCCUUCUUAGAGCUUCCAAAAGACCUUCUAACUAUGGUUAUGCAGAAGCACCAAAAAUACUUUGCUAUUAGUGAUGACACUGGAAGGCUAUUGCCAUACUUCAUUGCUGUGGCAAAUGGUGCAAUUGAUGAGACUGUAGUGAGAAAAGGAAAUGAAGCAGUACUCAGAGCUCGCUAUGAAGAUGCUAAAUUUUUUUAUGAGAUGGAUACACGUAAAAAAAUUUCAGAAUUCCGAAGUAAAUUGAAAGGGAUUCUUUUCCAUGAGAAACUAGGAACAAUGCUGGACAAGAUGACUCGCAUUCAGAAUAUGGUUACCAAACUAGGUUCUGCUCUGCAAAUUGAUGAAGAUAUGCUUCAAGUUCUUCAGGUUGCUGCAUCACUUGCUAUGUCAGAUCUUGCUACUGCGGUUGUCACAGAAUUUACUUCUCUCGCAGGAAUAAUGGCCCGCCAUUAUGCUAUUAGAGAUGGCUAUCCAGAGCAGGUUGCAGAGGCAUUGUAUGAAAUCACACUUCCUAGAUUUUCUGGGGACAUUCUUCCGGCAACUGAUGCAGGGAUAGUUUUGGCAAUUGCUGACAGAUUAGAUAGCCUUGUUGGCUUAUUUGCUGCCGGUUGUCAGCCUAGUUCCACCAAUGAUCCAUUUGGCCUACGAAGAAUCUCUUAUGGUCUUGUCCAACUGUUGGUAGAAAAGGAUAAAAAUCUGGAUCUAAAACAAGCUUUGGAACUCGCUGCUGAAGUCCAACCCAUUCAAGUAGAUGCCAGUACAAUAGAGGAUGUACUUCAAUUUGUUACUCGGAGACUGGAGCAAUUUCUGGUUGAUAAGGGAAUAAGCUCAGAAGUGGUUCGUUCUAUCCUUGCAGAGCGGGCAAACUUGCCUUCUCUAGCAGCAAAGUCAGCAAAUAAGAUGGCUUCCUUGUCAAGAGGCAAUCUUUUUCCAAAGGUUGUUGAAGCAUAUUCUCGUCCAACAAGAAUUGUCCGUGGAAAGGAAGUGGACCCUGAUAUGGAGGUUGAUGAGGCUGCCUUCGAGACAAAUGAAGAGAGAGCUCUAUGGAGCGCUUUCUUGUCAGUUAAAAACAAAAUCCAUCCUGGAAUUGAGAUAGAUGAUUUUGUUGAAAUAUCUUCACAGCUAGUACAACCACUUGAAGAAUUCUUUAACCAUGUCUUUGUGAUGGUGGAAGAAGAAAGAAUUAGAAAAAACAGGCUUGCUCUGCUCAGAGAUAUUGCUGACCUUCCAAGAGGGAUAGCAGACCUCUCAGUUUUGCCAGGAUUCUAAGGUCACCCACUUACCACCUAUAAAAAGUGAUGUCAUUGUUGUAAGAGGAGAGAGAGAGAGAGAGCCUAAAGAAUGUAAUUCUUUGUUUUUUGCUUGUGCAUAAACAUUCAAUUUAUCCUACUGCAUCUUGUAAAAAAAAUUGUAACAUUUUUCCCCAAGCUUAUCAUUAAUUUGUCAGACUAUUCAGUAUUUUAUUGGAGAGAGGCUUGGGUGUACAAAGCACACAGUGAAAUGAAGAUUGAAGUUUGAAUUGAAUUAUA